AUGUCCUCUAGCUCUCUCGGACAAUUUUAUUCAGAAAUGUCAAAACACUCAAAAAGUGGCUUACCAUAUUUACAAGUCUCUUUACGAUUCGACACACAAUCAACGGAGAACGUUAAUGUAGAUGCUUUAUUAGAUGGGCUAAAAGAAGUUUUGCCUUCAGUGAUCUCAGAUUCUCCUCCCACUACUGGACCCCGGGGACAUGAAUAUAAGACUGAUUACGUAUUUGUUGGAUUGCAAUCUAUUUUUGAUGAUAUAGGCAAAGGUUUAAUCAAGUAUACGCUCCUCGACUCCCAAGUGUUUGUACCAACAGGAGUUGGAAACGCUAUCAGUUUGCUUAUUACAAAUUGCAAAAAUCAGAUCAGUUAUGCCAUCCCCGGCCUUCAGGAUAUGCUCCUCGAUCUCGGCAUAAACUCUGAAGCUAUAGGUUUUUCGGUCAAAUCAGAUCAAGUUAUUAACUUCUUAACGCAACAAAAUCUUCGUCCAAUCGAAAUCAGUAAAGAAAAUAAGCAACAGCAGAAAUCCGAACUUGCCGCCCCUGUUCUGCAGAGAUCCAUUGGGAAAUCGAAUAAAAAAAAUAAAAAAAAUAAGAAAAAAUGA